AUGGCCGCGCAGUCGGACGGUAAAACCGGGGUGGGUUUCGCCCAGCUUUACGACGUCGAUGCCGACGAACCGCUGGAUUCUGCGGCGAUCCACAUCUGCCAGUGCUGCCGUUCUUCGGCGUGCUACUGGGGCUGCCGCUCCGCCUGCCUCGGCUCAUUGCUCGGCGGGGGCCAAGCCUCCGUCGGAGGGGUCGGCAUCAGGGAGACUCACUGCCCACCCCGGGAACAGCUGUGGUUGGACUGUCUCUGGAUCAUACUGGCCCUCCUCGUCUUCUUCUGGGACGUCGGCACCGACCUGUGCCUCGCCAUGGACUACUACCAGAGGCAGGACUACCUGUGGUUUGGCCUCACGCUCUUCUUCGUGCUGGUUCCUUCUGUUCUGGUCCAGAUUUUGAGUUUCCGCUGGUUUGUGCAGGACUAUACUGGCGGGGGGCUUGGUGAAGUGGAGGGCUUGACAAAACGGGGGGCGGUGACUUUGGGGUGCCACUAUGCUGGCAAGGAUCGCCUGCAGCUGGCCACUAUCUGGCUGUGGCAGGCCACCAUACACAUCCUUCAGCUGGGGCAAGUGUGGAGGUACAUCAGGACACUGUACCUCGGCCUCAUGUCACGACGCCAGAAGGAGCACCAGCGCCGCUGGUACUGGGCCAUGAUGUUCGAGUACGCGGACGUCAACAUGCUUCGAUUGCUGGAGACUUUCUUGGAGUCCGCGCCUCAGCUGGUCCUGCAGCUGUGCAUCAUGAUCCAGGAGAACCGUGCUGAGACGCUGCAAUGCAUCUCCUCCCUCGCCUCCCUCCUGUCUCUCGCCUGGGUCUUAGCCUCCUACCACAAACUUUUGCGGGACUCGCGCGACGACCAGCGCAGCAUGAGCUACCGCGGGGCCCUCCUGCACUUCUUCUGGCGCCUCUUCACCAUCUCGUCCCGAGUCCUCUCGCUCGCCCUCUUCGCCUCGCUAUUUCAUAUUUACUUCGGCAUCUUCGUGGUGGUCCACUGGUCCGCCAUGGCCUUCUGGGUGGUGCACGGGGGCACGGAUUUCUGCAUGUCCAAGUGGGAAGAAGUGCUUUUCAACAUGGUGGUGGGCAUCGUCUACAUCUUCUGCUGGUUUAAUGUGAAAGAGGGCCAGACUCGACAUAGGAUGAUUACGUACUACACGGUGGUUUUGGCCGAGAACACCAUCCUCACUGGCCUGUGGUACACAUACAGGGAUCCCAUUCUGACCGACUCGUACGCCGUGCCAGCAUUGUGCGGCGUCUACUUGACGUUUGCCAGUGGCGUCCUGGUUAUGCUCUUGUACUACGGCUUCCUGCACCCGGCCACCGCCCACCUCCAGCCGAGCCCCGCCUCCUCCUGUUGCGCCCAGCUGCUUUGGGGUCUUCCCCUUCCCCCUUCCGCCCCGCCUAGCGCUCCACCCACCCCUGCUCACAUGACCAAGUCCCAGACAGAAGACGACGUGGCUGAGACGUGUCUUCCCGUCUUCCAGGUGAGGUCGCUGCCCCCCGCUUCCAAGCCGGAAGGCCCGCUCAUAAAGAUCGACAUGCCCAGGAAGCGUUACCCGGCGUGGGACGCCCACUACGUCGACAGGCGUCUGCGAAGGACUAUAAACAUCCUGCAGUACAUCACGCCGGCCGCCGUGGGCAUCCGCUACCGUGACGGACCCCUGCUCUUUGAACUUUUACAGUAUGAGUCUUCACUCUGA